AUGUCCCCCACUCAAAAGGCCCUCUUUCUUGAUAAGAAGUUUGGUAAUUUUGUUCUUGAAGAUACAGAAAUCUACAAGCCUGGUCCUGGCGAAAUCCUCAUCAAAAUUCACGCUACGUCACUUAACCCUGUCGAUUGGAAGAUCCAGAAGCUUGGGGUGCUUGAAAAGUAUCCCGCCAUCUUGGGGACUGAUAUUGCUGGAGAGGUUGAGGAGCUUGGAGAGGGUGUUAGUGAGUUCAAGGUCGGGGAUCGAGUGUUUAUUCAAGGCACAUACGAUAACAGAGGAAGUAGCUUUCAGCAAUACACUACCGCUGUUGCCUCCAGUGUUGCAAGAAUACCACCUAACUGGACAUAUGAUCAAGUCGCUGCUUUACCAGUAGUUUUGAGUUGCGCAUAUAUAGGACUAUACAACAAGAAUCCGUAUGGUCUGGGGAUUGAUCCCCCUAUCUCUGAGGCGACUGAAGGCAAGUAUGCCGAUACCCCUAUCGUUGUUCUCGGAGGUUCAACAUCUGUGGGUCAAAUGGUCAUUCAGCUUGCCCAACUCUCGGGAUUUUCUCCGAUCUUCACCACAGCGUCGCCCAAGCACACGGUUUUUCUCAAAUCCCUCGGUGCAACGCACAUCUUAGACAGGAGCCUUUCAUCAAGUGAUAUGAGGGCCGAGAUAAAGAAAAUCUGCAAUGAUAAACCGAUCCAUUUUGUGUACGACACCGUCUCUUCAGAAGAUACGCAAAGAACGGCAUUAGACAUCCUGGAUUCAGGAGGACAAAUGGUCGCCGUGAAUCCACUGAAAUUAACUCCAUCGGAAGACAAGAAAGCCUUCAUGGUGCUUGGAAUAUUGCGAGCACCACAUAAUGUUGAACUUACUGAAACGCUUUAUCAUGACAAAAUAUCGGGAUGGUUGGAACGAGGUCUGAUAAAACCCAACAAUGUCGAGAUCCUUCCCAACGGUCUUUCAGGUAUUCCAGACGGUUUGGCAAGGAUGCAAGCAGAUCAAGUGUCAGGCACGAAGUUGAUUGCCCAUCCUCAAGAAACGUAA